UAAUUGACUAAAAUGAAACGGACGACCCAGAUUUAUAAAGGAGUUUACUCACCCGUUGUUUAUUAAUGUAGAUUGUUUUUUGUUUUUAUUUAUAUAUAAAGGAGUGUUGGACCCUCUCAUAAUGAGUUAAGUUCAACCAUUCAAUCAUAUUAUAUAUCUCUCUCUAAAUUACAAAGCUCUUGACAUAUUCCUUCUUUUUUUGUUGGUGUAUAUUUUAUUAGCUCAAUUAAUCUAUUGAUAAUGGGGGUUUUAGAUCAUAUCUCUCAUGUCUUUGAUUGUUCUCAUGGAAGUUCCAAGUACAAGAAACGGAAGCAGUUACAGACGGUGGAGGUGAAAGUAAGAAUCGACUGCGAAGGAUGCGAGAGAAAAGUGAAACGAGCAGUGGAGGGAAUGAAGGGUGUGAAAUCCGUGGACGUAGAGCGCAAGGCUAACAAGCUCACAGUCGUUGGAUAUGUGGAGCCCUCCAAGGUUGUGGCCCGCGUGGCUCAUCGGACGGGUAAGAAGGCUGAGAUCUGGCCUUACGUACCAUACGACGUCGUUGAGCACCCCUACGCGCCUGGGGUUUACGACAAGAAAGCCCCCUCCGGGUACGUGCGAAAUACCUAUGACCCACAGGUGGCACAGCUGGCACGUGCGAGCUCCACUGAGGUGCGAUACACUACUGCUUUCAGUGAUGAAAACCCAGCCGCUUGUGCUAUCAUGUGAAACGGCUCAUAUUACCUCCUAUGUACCCUCGGAGAAGAAAAAAAAAAUUAUAGAUAGCUUCCCUUACAAAGAAUCUUUUUGGUGUUUUUGUUGGCUUCAUUUUUUUCAUUUAUUUUUGAAAAAGUUUUGUGAUUAGACCUGUAAGAAUUAAAGUAUUGUUGUUGUAUUGUAUAUUAUUAUAAUUGUUACGGUUGAAUUAUGUUAUAUGGACAUAAUAAUAUAUUUUGAAUCUUUUCUACUCCA